AUGGUUAGAACUGGCCUCUGGGCCUAUUGGGCCUGGAAUAAUAACUUCGAGCCUGGUCUGUUUCCUGAGGCGCGGGUUGCAAAGGAGGUCCUUCAGGACUGGCUAGGGAUGCUACAAGUUCCCGUUCGAAUUCAUGGAUGUCACCUAUGUGAGAUGGCCGAGGAGGAGCGCGAAAAUAAGCUUGAGGUCGCCCGAUAUGAGGUCACAGUGCAAGAGGCUGCCCACCAUGAGGCUACACAGCAUGAGGCUACACAGCAUGAGGCUACACAGCAUGAGGCUACACAGCAUGAGGCUACACAGCAUGAGGCUACACAGCAUGAGGCUACACAGCAUGAGGCCGACCUGUUUGAGGCUGCGCAGUAUGAGGGUAACCAGUAUGAUGCCGAGGGUUAUUGGCUUAGUGACCGCGUUGUCUAA